AUGAACUCGCCCAUGAACUCGGUGAGCAGCACAGAGGACGUGAAGCCUCCGCUGGGGAUUAACGGGGUGCUGAAGGUACCCCAGCACUCGGUGGGCUCCCCCAUCUCCCUCACCAAACACAUCUGCGCCAUUUGUGGGGACAGGUCUUCAGGCAAACAUUACGGCGUUUACAGCUGUGAAGGUUGUAAAGGGUUCUUCAAACGCACCGUUCGCAAAGACCUUACCUACACUUGCCGCGACAAUAAGGACUGUAUGAUCGACAAGCGGCAGCGCAAUCGCUGUCAGUACUGCCGGUACCAAAAGUGCCUGGCCAUGGGGAUGAAGCGGGAAGGUAUGGGCGCAGACUUCAGAGCGGUUCAGGAGGAGCGGUUACGGGGGAAGGAACGGAGCGACAGCGAGGUGGAGUCCACGAGCACAGCCAAUGAGGACAUGCCUGUGGAGAAGAUCCUGGAGGCUGAGCUGGCUGUGGAGCCCAAGACAGAGAUGUACAUCGACUCCAACCUGGGACUGAGCAGCAACUCACCCAAUGACCCGGUCACCAACAUCUGUCAGGCCGCCGACAAACAGCUGUUCACACUGGUGGAGUGGGCAAAGCGGAUCCCACACUUCUCCGAGCUGCCAUUGGACGAUCAAGUGAUUCUCCUGCGGGCAGGCUGGAACGAGCUGCUCAUUGCCUCCUUCUCUCAUCGUUCAAUAGCUGUAAAAGACGGGAUCCUGUUGGCCACCGGCCUCCACGUCCACAGGAGCAGCGCGCACAGUGCGGGGGUGGGCGCCAUCUUUGACAGAGUUCUCACUGAGCUGGUCUCCAAAAUGCGGGACAUGCAGAUGGACAAGACUGAGCUCGGCUGCCUGCGCGCCAUUGUCCUCUUCAACCCAGACGCCAAGGGCCUGUCGAGGCCGGGGGAGGUGGAGGGACUGCGAGAGAAGGUGUACGCGUCGCUGGAGGCUCACUGCAAACACAAGUACCCGGACCAGCCCGGCAGGUUUGCUAAGCUCCUGCUGAGGCUGCCCGCUCUGCGCUCCAUCGGCCUGAAGUGCCUCGAGCACCUGUUCUUCUUCAAGCUGAUUGGCGACACCCCCAUUGACACCUUCCUGAUGGAGAUGCUGGAGGCCCCGCAUCAGAUGACCUAACGGGGCCGAGCGAGGGGCCCGGGGCCCAGAGACAGACGUUCACCCCCAACCCCCCCCCCCACCCCUCCCGGAGCUUCUCCCCGCAGGCUCCCACUUCAUUGGAGAGGCAGCCCUCAGUUAGCACAGUCACUCUCACACACACACACACUCACACACACACACACACAGACGCCCUCCUCGCCUUGCACCAGGGGGCGCCAUCGAGCCAAUGACAGCCAGGACCGGGAGGGGGAGUGUGGGGGAUGGGGGGGGGUCGGCGAGAUUGAGGGGCCGGAGGAGGAGCAGGAGUUGGGGGUGGGUAGAGGAGAGGGGGUUGAGAGGGCGUUCCCUCUCUGGUCUGGUCGGGCUGACACCCGGAGCAGCUCGGGAUUUCUCGGCCGAGGACGUCAGGAGUGAGUUCAGGUCAGAGAUCCGUCUGUUCCCCUCGCAGAGCCUGAAUGUUUUACGUGCACCGUCCCCACCUGCGUUUGUCCUCCAUCCCCGGGGCAGUUUGUUCACAUUGAGGCACGUAACAUCACUCUCGCGCUCUCGCACGCACUCCUGUCUCUCACGCACUCACUCGCUC